CUAAAAAUGAUCUCUCUCUAUAUAUAGUCCUCAAUUAUGAUAACUUCGUGCCAUCAAACCUGCUUCUCUUCUUGUGAUCUGAUCCCUUCUGAUUGCGAUAUAUGGAACGAAGCUCCGGGAGCCUGCAGGUUAUUCUCGAUGCUCCUGGAGUUCAGGGAAAGACGGUCACCACCCUAUCGAAAGACAGUUCAAAUUUAACUGAUUAUGUUGAAUCCAUCAUUGUCAAUACACAAGUAAAUAGAGAGUCAUUUUAUGUGCUAGAUUUAGGAGCUGUUGCUGGUCUCAUGCACAAGUGGUCUCGGGAACUUCCCAUGAUUCAACCAUACUACGCUGUCAAGUGCAACUCCGAGAUCUCACUGAUCGGUGCAUUAGCAGCACUUGGCUGCAACUUCGAUUGUGCAAGUAAGGCUGAAAUUCAAUCCAUUUUGUCUCUCGGUGUUUCUCCUGAUAGAAUCAUCUAUGCAAAUCCUUCUAAACCAGAAUCCCACAUUAUAUACGCUGCUAAUGUUGAUGUUAAUCUAACAACUUUUGAUUCAAAGCACGAACUCCAUAAGAUCUCCAAAUGUCACCCGAAAUGUAGUUUGCUGAUUCGGAUCAAACCUCCAGAUGAUAGCGGAGCGCGGUGGCCAUUAGGCUCCAAGUUCGGUGCACUUCCUGAAGAAAUUGAACCUCUUCUGCUAGCUGCUCAAGCUGCAAAGCUAACCAUCUCCGGUGUUUCCUUUCACAUUGGAAGUGAAUCCAGAAAUCCCCACGCAUACCGUGGAGCCAUCGGAGCAGCCAAACAUGUAUUUGACACUGCAUCUCGGCUUGGCAUGCCUCCCAUGCGUGUGCUAAAUAUUGGCGGUGGUUUCAUAGCUGGUUCAAAUUUUGACGAAGCAGCUACAGUAAUCAAAGCUGCUCUGCAAGAUUAUUUCGGUGACAAUCCAGGAAUAGAAAUCAUAUCUGAGCCGGGCCGAUACUUUGCCGAGACGGUUUUCAUGCUAGCAACCAGCAUUACCGGAAAGCGCGUUAGGGGUGGAAUAAUAGAGUACUGGAUAAACGACGGUGUUUUUGGGUCUUUCAGCUGCGUCAUUUUCGGCGUUUCGCCUCCCGCGUGCGUGCCUCUCGCUUGCACUUCCAAUCGAGCGAACCCCAAGUGUAAAGGGGAGCCCACGUACAAGUCCACGGUGUAUGGACCCACGUGUGAUGCAGUUGACAAAGUCUUUGUCGAUCAAGAGUUGCCUGAAUUAGAGAUCAAUGACUGGCUUGUGUUCCCUUAUAUGGGUGCUUAUACAACGGCGAAUGCUACUAUUUUCCAAGGAUUUAGCAGCAAUACUAUUAAGAAUAAUUCCACCAAUCAUCUUUGUCAUGUAUUGUUGUUAAAUGAUAUAUGCAUCAUAUUUAAUCUUUAAUUAUCUUAUAUUUUUGAAUU